ACAUUAAGGUUAGAUUGUAUCAUGUACAUGCUCAUGGACAUGGUAUAUACAUAGCCAACAACCAUUAAACACCAUAUUCCCACUCAAAACCAAUAGGAGCAUAUAGAAUCCAAGGAAACACAGCUCUUUGCUCCCCACAGUCCCUAACACAAACCUGUGGUUUUAACAGCAUGAGAAGGAUAAAAGCACUGUUCCCACUCAUACCCCACUUCCUUCCUCCUUCUCUAUUGCUAAUGCAACUAUUCACGUUAUGUGGGUCUCACACAAAAACCUCCAAAACCCCCCUCAUCAUAUAAAAUCAUGGCUAGAGUCCUUGAUUAUUCUACACUGACCCUCCCACUACUCUCAAUCAUUUCAAACCAUUUUAUCUCUUUGCAUCCUUGAAAUAGCACUGCUAUCCAUACUUCAACCUUUCAUAACUUAAGACAAGCUCCUAAACUUGCACCAUGUCCAUAACAGGGCUAAUAGACCCAGAAAUGAAUCACAAGAAGUCCUUCCACCUCAGGAAUGAUUCUGGUGAGCUUGAUGUGUUUGAAGCUGCAAGAUACUUCUCAGGAUACAAUGAAGUUGUUGGCUACACUGGCUCUACUCUUGCCCAGAAGAUCAUGAGAGAAGAAAGGCAUGGACACAGAGCCAGAAUCAGCUUAGAUAUGCCAAUGAGAAGCUUGCUUCCUCAGCAAUUUCAUGGCAUGGAGAAGCAGAUGAAGGAGAAGAAACACAAGCAGCCUAGCUCCCCAGGUGGUAGGCUUGCAAGCUUCUUGAAUUCUCUCUUCAACCAAUCAGCAUCUAAGAAGAAGAAAUCAAAGUCCAGCUCACAGUCCAUGAAGGAUGAAGAUGAGAGCCCUGGUGGAAGGAGAAGGAGAAGGAGCAGCAUUAGCCAUUUCAGAAGCUCCAGCACUGCAGAUUCAAAGUCUACACUCUCUUCUUUAAGCUCAGGAUUCAGAACUCCUCCUUAUGUACUACAAACUCCAACAAAGAGCUGCAAGGAAUUCAGAACCUCCUCAGACCACAAGCAUACAGUUCCCUUGCCAACAAAGUUGAAUGGACAUGCAAAACAAAACACUUUGCAAAAUGAGUUGAAGAAAGACUCAACUUUUCUGGAUGAUAAGUAUAAACAUAGCAAUAAUGGGUUAUCAGAGAAACAAAAGAACUGGGGGAAUGAGUUGCUUGAAAAAGAUAGGACAUGGCUGGAGAAAUACUCAUUAGAGGAGAAGGAUAUCAGAAAAUUCAACGAGGUUGAUGAUGGUGCAGAAAGUGAUUCAAGCUCUGAUCUGUUUGAAUUGCAAAACUAUGACUUGGGUUACUGCUCAAGUGGUCUACCUGUCUAUGAAACUACCAAUAUGGAUAACAUCAAGAGAGGAGCACCAAUUUCCAGUGGUCUUCUGUGAUACUGAAUAAUUUAUCUUCUUGAUUGGUUCAUGUGGAACUAGCAAGUUAGAAACUAUGAACUUCUUUCAAUACUUUUCUGUGUGUACAGUUUGGAAUGUUGGCUUGUCUUAUUCGUAUCUAAUUUUAUCUUCUUUUUUUGUUUUUGGA